AUGGUGAAGCAAUGUCAUUUAGUUCCACAGAAUCAAGCACAACAGAUUCAACAAACUUGGUCUCCGCCUCAAUCCAAUCAACUAAAAAUAAAUGUGGAUGCUUCUUUGGAUCAUACUUCGCAAUGUUUUGGUAUUGGACUGAUUAUACGUGAUUCAACAGGGCAAUGCAGAGGCAUCAGAGGCAAAUACAUCAAUGGAAGAAUAGAUCCGGAGCAGGCGGAAUGUCUGGCCAUGAAAGAAGCUAUCUUAUGGGCCAGAGAUUGUGGCAGUAACAACAUCAUCCUGGAAAGUGAUUGUGCAAAUGUAAUUAACUCGAUCAAGACAGCCAAUCCUUCAGUUCAGUGGACGAACCAAGGUCUUGUAGAUGAAAUAAGGCUUAUGCUAUCUUAUUCUACUUAUCUAUCGGUUAACUUUGUUAAAAGAACAGCAAAAAAUGCAUCUCAUGUAAUAGCUAAUGAGUCUAGGACUCAAAGACAGUCUUUUACUUAUCUUGAAAACUUCCCAGACAAAUUCAAUAUUGCUAUCAGGGAAGACCAAAAGUUUGUCAACUUAAGUUAUGUACUAAACUUUGAGUUAUGA